CAUAACCUCAAGGUUUUUAUCAAAAAGCGAUUAAAAGGCUGCAGACCAAAGAAAGCCCAAGUACUGUCAUUAACUUGAUCGAAAGAUUUUUUGGAGGAAUUUGAUGAUUCAGUUUACUUACCACCAAAAGUAAUUUUUCUUUCGAAGUAUACGGUCCUCUAAGAAAGAGUGAAUUUUUGUGAAAUUAAAGUUCAUGAUGUUGAAAACACUGGCUCCUAAUUGAAGAUAAUAUAAAUCAUUAUCCAAAUACAUUCAUAAUCAAAAAAGAAUUUUAUAACAUCGAAAAAAAUUUAUACUAUGGAGACCGGUCGAAAAGGAGAAAUGUAUGUGUCAGGUCAUUGGUAAAAACAAGAUAAAUCAAGUGCCACAAUUAUAGCUAUCUGAUCAGUCAGCGUCGAUUUUCAAGCGUCAAACUUUAAAUCUUGAAAAACCGCCUUUUGAAAAUUAUAUGAUUCUUCAUUCCAAUGAAAAUAUAAGUCUUCCAUCACCACCUGAGCCUUCGACUUUGGCGACAUUAUAAUAUGUGCGUUGGAUUUUCAUACAUUUCUUCCUAGAGACGAUUUAUCGGUGGUGCGUUUAAACAGGAAUAUCGAGGCGUCAGCAUCGUGGGGGUAAACCGGGUCCAUAAUGCCCCCUAUAAUCGGGGAAACUCUUCGUGUCUGGUUACUGUCCGCGUUGGUGGUACAUGGCGCGGUUGCCGGUAAUCCCGACGCAAAACGUCUUUAUGACGACCUUCUAUCUAAUUACAACAAAUUGGUACGUCCUGUGGUUAACACUUCGGAUGUCCUUCGCGUGUGCAUCAAGCUGAAACUCUCGCAACUCAUCGAUGUGAACUUAAAAAAUCAAAUCAUGACUACUAAUCUUUGGGUGGAACAGUCAUGGUACGAUUACAAGCUACGAUGGGAGCCGAAGGAGUACGGAGGUGUACACAUGUUACACGUGCCCUCCGAUCAUAUUUGGCGGCCGGACAUAGUGCUUUAUAAUAACGCGGACGGAAACUUCGAGGUGACCUUGGCCACCAAGGCCACAAUCUACCAUCAGGGAUUGGUCGAAUGGAAGCCACCGGCAAUAUAUAAAUCCUCCUGUGAAAUUGACGUCGAGUACUUCCCGUUCGACGAGCAGACCUGCGUUCUCAAGUUUGGUUCGUGGACCUAUGACGGCUUUAAGGUUGAUUUGAGGCACAUGGACGAGCAAACUGGCAGUAAUGUCGUCGAUGUUGGCGUUGAUUUAUCUGAAUUCUAUAUGUCAGUUGAAUGGGACAUUCUCGAAGUGCCUGCUGUCAGAAAUGAGAAAUUCUACACGUGCUGCGAUGAACCAUAUCUUGAUAUAACGUUUAAUAUUACACUUCGAAGAAAAACUCUCUUCUACACUGUCAACAUAAUUAUACCAUGUAUGGGAAUUUCAUUUCUCACUGUUCUCACAUUCUACUUACCAAGCGAUAGUGGCGAAAAAGUAACGUUAUCAAUAUCAAUUCUCAUCAGUCUUCACGUGUUCUUUUUACUGGUUGUCGAGAUUAUACCGCCAACUUCUCUGGUGGUACCACUACUCGGGAAGUACCUGAUAUUUGCUAUGAUACUUGUCUCUAUUAGUAUAUGUGUGACUGUGGUAGUCUUAAAUGUUCAUUUUCGUUCACCACAAACUCAUAAAAUGGCACCGUGGGUAAAACGAGUAUUUAUCCACAUUUUACCACGAUUACUAGUGAUGCGGAGGCCGCAAUAUAAGUUCGAGCCAAGUCGAUUUUCUUCUGGUCGAGUUCUCAUGAGAACAGUAAGAGGAAAAGAAAAAACGAGCUAUUAUCCUUAUCAUCCCUCGAGUCAAGAAGACAGUGAGGAACAUUUAACACCCAAGAGGUUUUCUAGUCGACAUGUUUCUAAAGAAGACCUCUCACCGUCUAGUUUGGCAGAGCAAGCAAGAUUUGGAGGGAGUUGCCUGAUCCACGGUCCAGUACCCCCGCUUCCUUUGAACGCAGAGUGUGAAGAUUUAGCGGGUGUAGCUGGAAUUGAGGAAGUAAAAAGUCCAGUUCUACGAAAUGCCUCAACUUUUUCACAUUCAAGUUGUCCACCUGAAAUACACAGAUCCUGCAUCUGUGUGCGUUUUAUCGCUGAACAUACAAAAAUGCUUGAAGACUCAACUAAGGUGAAAGAAGACUGGAAAUAUGUUGCGAUGGUAUUGGACAGAUUAUUUCUGUGGAUCUUCACUUUAGCUGUAUUAGUUGGAACAGCUGGAAUUAUUUUACAAGCACCAACUUUGUAUGACGAUAGAGUUCCGAUUGAUAAGAAAUUCAGCGAAUAUGCCAAAGACACAGUUGUCAGGUGUCCUCCUCAAUAGUCCUUGCUCGUGAUUUUACAUCGUCGUCGUCCUUGUCAUCAACGUCGUCGUUGUAUUAGUAUAAUAAAAAUAACGAUAACAAUAAUAAAAAAUAAUUAUUAUAAAAAUAAUAGUAAUAAUAAUAUUAUUAAUUAUUAACAAUAGUAAUAAUAAAAUAAUUUAUUAUAAUCCAUAGUAGGUUCAAGUAAAUAAUUCAAAUUAACUAAUAUUUUAACUUGUAUAAUAAUAUAUAGGGUAUUUCGGUUGCCAAUGUGAACAAUAGUCUACUGUUGUUAUUCAAUUCUGACUUUAUUGAAUAUUGAAUUUGUAACAGCUGAUAAAUGGAUUUACUAGCAGCUGUGAAAAGUGUAGGGAAAGUGAAAAAAAUUUAAUUAAUUGGAAACAUCAGAUUGAAAAAAUUAAAAAAAAGUACAUAUAUAUAUAUAUAAUAUUACGUUAUGUUAUCUUCCAGGCUGUGAAAUUCGGUUAAAAGAAAUACAUCUUCCCUCCCUGGCGGAUCUGAAUAACAGUAAAUUCCGAUAAUGACCUAAUUUACGGUAUUCGGAAGAGUCACAGUACGGUAAAAUACGGCAUUCUAGGGUAAAAUGUCGUAAACGUACGGAAUUUAACGGCAAUAGUACAGUUUUUUUACCGAAAAUUUGCAGUAAAAAAUGGUAAUUUACUGUAAAAUUGCAGCGAGCCUGCGAUAAUUUACCUACAGUGAAUUAUCCCUAGCGGAUCCGAAUUACGGUAAA